GAAAAGCAAAAAUCUUUGUCUGAGGAAUUACUUCAUCGAUGUCGCAAGCCAUCUUGUUAAAUCUCCUAGCGAACAUCAGGAAGCAAUGAAAAAGUAAAUAAUUUUGUCAGAAAUUCAUCAUAAUGGAUAAUGUAUUAUUAUUAGCUUUUGUUUGAACAGGCCUUGUCUGGUGGCCUCUUCAUUGAAUUAAAGUUCAUCACUUUUUGGUUUGGUACUAUAUUUAACCUCUGAGGCAUGGGUGACAUGUAAUAUCCUAUUAAUUUUGUUAUCUAAACUCCUUUCAGAAAUUGAUAUCUGUUUUCUGCUAGUGUGCUGCUUUUGGGGUGUGUUUGUUUUUCAGUUUGAAUGGAGUUAAAUUGACACACAUCUCCUGUGCCUUAAUUUAACUCUAUUGUGUUACAUUACUCUAAGUUCUUGAGACUUUUGGAUCAGUAAAAGUCUUGAAAAAAAUUGCUACAAGGCUCUUGUUCACUUGACUGGCUUGAAAAGAAUUGCUUUUUUGAAUAGUCUAUUUGUGGAAUUUAACUAAUUUGGAAAUAUUUUUAAAAAAUAUCCCUUAUUAAGCAGGGUGUCCAGUUCCUAUUUUUUCCUAUUUUUUGGACCCAUUCCUAUUUUCUCCUAUUUUUUAACCAGAACCUCCUAUUUUUCCUAUUUUUUAGCCAGUAAAGCCAAAAUUUGUAAUAAAAUUGAAAGUGGAAUUAUAGUUGAAUGUGUUUUAUAGUGAGAUCAUAAAGCACAUAGUACGUUGACUCUGAUGUUCUAAUAUUAGUUAAAGUAAUAGCCACAUUUGUUCUACGAAAGCCAGAUCACUACAAUUCUGUGAAACAGAAAUAAAAACAUAUAUUGGUGGCGAGAAAAAGAGAGAUAAGCGACAGAUAUAUGGCCUACUUGUCAACGGAAUGGACCUCUGUCAUUACACAAAACAGGUCAAGUCGAGAGCGGGUGAAAGAUUCAUUCACGAGGCUUAUUCAUUCAUGUCAGUGUCAUUGUAUACAUAUCUAUGUAUAUAUGUAUACCUUUAUUUGCAACUUUCUUUGGAUCAUAUUAAUUCCGUCCGUUUGGGGUGAAUUGUUAGAGGUACGUUAGCACAGCUUAGCAAAAAUCUCAUGAUCAUGCAUUCUUUGUCAUUGCGAAAUAAUUAAAAAUAAUUUUAUCAAACUUAGAAGCUGUAGUGUGUGAAUCUUAUGGCUUGCUAUUUACCUAGUCUCCUCUAGGGCAUUAUCUCAGAGAGCUCUUGGUAAAAAAGUGGAAUAAAGCUUACAUUUUACUAAGUUAUUUAAACUUUUAGGGCAAUGUUUGUGUCAGGACUGAACACGGCAAGCUUCUGUUCCGAAUAAUUAAAUUCUAGUCUGGAUCCGUUUAACUUGAAGAAGACCAUCAUUUUAUUUAUUUAUCUAUUCUUCAACUUUAAAAUAUUAUGGAACAUAAAGUUAAAACUCUUGACAGCCAAAGAUAAGAGAUGCAAAAUUACUCGCUGAAAUUAUGUGGCCGGCUUACCGAGGCUGCCAAGUAACAAGUUGAAAUCUUGAGCGUACUCCACCCGAUCGCUCUUGCAUUUAUACUAAAAAAUUAGCUCUAAUUGAUGUCCUUAUUGAUGUCCUUCAUCGAUGAAGACCAGAGAAUUACGUCUUGGCAAACAAAAAUCAAACAUGACUUCAUUGAAACCUCGGUCACCUCUUCUUUCCUGUCUUCCUUUUUUCCAUCGGCUAGACUUGAAUUGUUCAGCGGCAGACGUCUCUUGCGUUAACGAGUAGGCCAUAUAUCUCUCGCUUGUUUCUUUUUUUCUUGCCACCAAGAUUUGUUUAUAUUUCUGUUCACCGAAUUGCGGUGAGCUGGCUUUUGUACUCGGUUUCAAUGUGAAGUUUGGGCAAACAUGUUUGCCGCUUUUCUCCAGCCAUCGUCCACUUGUCGAGCUUCUGAUGCUUCACAAACCUACAAAAUCAUCCUGUUUCCUUGAAGAUAUACGCGUCCUUUUUGAUUGCGAACAGCAAAUCACCACUAAACAUUAAAAGCAGAAGGCAUCCCACGUAAUUGUAUUUAAAACGGAGUUCGUACAAAGCUAUUUUAGGUGGAAUCCGUGCUUAAACAUCUGCAAGUUCUCUGAAAGUCUUUAUUUGCAAUUUUUGUUUAUCCUCCGCCUCGCUUUCAUGACUAGGCACCAGUUUUUUCCCGCGUGUCCGCCAUUUGUGAAUACGGUGUAUGAAAAUGCCUGGCGGUAGAACAAAGUUUAGCAAUGCAUGGCUUUCUGCCGUCGAUUCCAAUGGUCAAAGAUUGAGUUCUUGGUGUCGUAAAGGAGUAGAUGACUACCAUGCUUACUGUAGGUUUUGUGAUAGUGAGUUUCUUUGUGACAACUCUGGAAAAGCGCAGAUAUUGCAACAUGCGAGGAAAGCAAAGCAUGUUCAGGCUGUUAAACCUGCAAGGGAUGAGUCUCAAGGAAAGUUGUUUGUACUGCAGAGUCAACCAAGUGCAGGCAUCUCAAACCGUUGUGAUCUGCCAGAGCACAGGAGAAGUUCGUCUGGACAGCUGUCCAUUAUCAAUUACAAAAAUGCCAGCUUGCAAGCAGAGGUGAUUUGGUUAGCAAAGUUGGCGUCAUGUAACUUUAGCUUUCGCUCAGUUGACAAUCUUGGCAACACAUUUAAAGCGAUGUUUCCUGACAGCAAGAUUGCUUCAAGUUUUUCAAUGGGUAGAAGCCGUGCAUCCUAUGUUAUUGGGGAAGGCUUGGGCCCUCACUGCACACAGAUAAUUGUUGAUGAUGUAAAGAAGUCAGAACUGCCUUUUUGUUUACACUUUGACGAAACCUCCACCACGCAGGUCAAGAAACAGAUGGAUCUUACCUUUCGUUACUGGUCCCCGACUCAUAAUGAAGUCUGGAUAAACUUCUAUACCUCUUUAUUUUUUGGUCAUGCAGAGGGUGAAAAGGUGGCUAACCGUAUCUUCCAAACAAUGUUGAAAGAUGACCUUCCAAUAACGAAGCUGUGCACUUUGGUAAGAGAUGGCCCUAAUGUCAAUAAAACCAUUGUUAGAAAGUUGGAAGGAGCAAUCAAAAAUGACAACCCAGACUUUAGUGGUUUUAUUGACUUAGGAAGUUGUGUUCUUCAUAACGUCCAUAAUGCUUUUGGCAGGGGUUUAGAGGAAUAUGGGAAAGACAUUGAACAGCUUUGUGUGGACAUUCACUCCCUUUUCAAGUACAGUGCAGCUAGACGAGAAGACUAUCACACUUUACAAUCUGCAAUGGGUGUGGAGAUGCACAAUUUCCAAAAGCAUACCGAGGUGAGAUGGCUUAGUCUGGGCCCUUCUGUGCGAAGAAUUUUGGAGCAGUGGGAUUGCAUCUGCAGCUUUGUGAAGGAUCUGGGAAAGGAUCCCAAAACAGCUCCUAAGAGUGUUGCUUACAAGAGGGUAUCGGCAAUGUUAAAUGACGAAGAAGGAAAGAAAACAAAGGCACAGUUGGAAUUUGUGGGUAAUGUUUCACCUGUUUUUGAAGAUUUCCUCACCAUUUUUCAGAACAGCUGCCCACAGGUUCACCUUUUAUAUGAUAAAAUGUCUGAGUUCUUGCGCAAGCUUAUGGGUAGAUUCCUAAAGAAAGAUGCGUAUGAGAAGAAGUUUGGUAGUGAUCUAGUCAGUAUUGACUGCAGUGCAAACAGUCAGCUGCUCGAUGCUGAUAUUGCAAUUGGAGAGGCGACCAAGAAGGCUUUAGCCCAAAUCAAGCCAGAUCGUAGAAAGUCUGUAUAUCUUGGCAUCCGCACAUUUUAUAGCACAUCCCUUACAUAUCUACAGUCUCAUCUCCCUCUUCAGAACACUCUCUUAAAAGCAUUAGGAUGUCUCAAUCCUGUCAAGAGAGAAAAGGCAAGUAGUGUGAAGGCAAUUGCACUACUGGCUAAAAAAUUGCAGCCUCAGUUGGAUGUCAGCAUUGUUCAAGAUGAGUGGCGAGUUUAUGCUGUCGAUGAAGAUGUUGAGCAGUUACACAAAGAGAAACGCGUUGACCAUUUUUGGCAAGAAGUAUUCAAUCUCAAGUCUCUUAAUGGGACCGAGCCUCGAUAUGUUGCUCUUCCAAAAGUAGUAAAAUCAGGUCUUAUUCUUGCGCAAACAAAUGCUGAGUCAGAACGAAGUCUGUCAGUGAAUGCCCGCAUUGUGACGCAAGAAAGGACACUUCUUGGAGAGAGGACCAUUGUUGGCCUUAGAUCUGUGAAAGAUGCUUUGAAGUUUUAUGAUCCUGAAAACCUGAGACCGGAAAAAUUUGCCCUGACAGAUGGUCUUCUAACUGCUGUGCGAUCUGCGCACAUGCAUCAUAGACAGCGGCUGGAUGAAGAAGAAGCCGAGAAGAAGAGAAAGGAGGUGGAUGAGAAAUUGAAAGCUGAAGAGGAAGAACGAAGGAAAAGAGACCAGGAGAAGUUAAGAAAAGAGACAAGAUCGUUGAGAGAUAAAGGAGAGAGGCUAGACAAGAAGGAGCAGGAGGCAAUGGAUGAAAUGCAAACGGCUAAUGAGCUACUGUCAGAGGGCACAUGUAAGUUGCAGGCUGCUCUAUCUUCAGGUUCCAAGGUUGAUUCACAAGGUGCAAAAGUUGCAUGUCUCAUGAUUGAAACGGCCAAAUCGAAUCAGGCAAAGGCAAAGAGGAAGCUUGAAGCAGUAAGGGAGAAGCAAAAGGAGGUUAACAUAAACAAUCAGAAGUUGCUGGAGAAAGCUCUACCAGCGGAUGUUUCUGCUGUACCAUUAAAGAAAAGAAAGUCAAAGUAAAUGUAAACUGUCAUUUUACACCUCUACGCAGGUGCUCUGCCAGCUCAGUAAAGACUAAAAUGUUCUUGUGUUAGCAAUCAUCUGCUGGAUUAAUGUUGAAGUUAUAAACAUAAUGAAAAGCCAACUUUGUUUCUGAACAAAAGUGAAGGUGAAGCAGUUCAGUUGUUACUUUAAAAUUAGGGAAAUCAAAGUAAAUAAAGUUAUGUUGUACAGAUUUUUUGAUAGAUUUAUCUCAGUGAGGGAUAUCAGGAAGAUUAAAAAUUCAAACCAAAAAACUCGUUUUGUCCUAUUUAUGUUCACUGCUGUUGAUCGACUAAAGUGGUGAAUCGGGGAUAGCAGCUGGCGUGUGGGGAGGCUACCUUUGUUGACGAAAGUACUAUUGAUUUUCCUAUUUUUCUCCUAUUUUUUAGUGCAAAGUUUCCUAUUUUUCCUAUUUUCUCAAUCCUGAAAUUCCUAUUUUCCUAUUUUUUUGGGCAACCAUGCCGCUGGACAGCCUGC